UCCCCAUUUAAAGGGUAGCACCAACAAACUUACGUAAGCCUUUACUAUUCCACAUGGUUUCAUUAUUAGAUGUGUCAGAAGAUACUCAUGAGAUUAGUAAUAAGAAACGGUUUGAAAAUGCAUCGGUGUCCAUCAAACAGGAAAACAAUUAUAAACUAUCAUGAUCAAUUCAGAAAAACAACAACCAAAUAUGAUCCGAGGGAAUAUUUAGCUGCAUGUUACGUAACCUGCUUUGUAUGACCGUUAUGAAAUAUAAAUAUACGCAAUAAAACGAAAAGCCGCGGCACGGUUACGAAAUCAAAAGCUUUAUUUAAGUCACACGUCUCACACGUGCCUGCAUCCGCAGGUCUACUGCUCGCUCGCAGACCACGUGACCAGGAAGUGACCGCGUCAUCUAUACCGGAAGUCAGUAUCAGCUGAUUUGAGUUGUUUUUAAUGGGAGUAGCUGCUGCUGCCGCUCUGCUUAUCGCCUUUAUUUUUAAAACACGAAAAAUACACAAGCAAAUAAGACAAAAUUCCGUGGUAACCUGACAUCACAGACAGGUGUUGAAGUUGUAAUUUUGCUACGUUAUCUGGCCGAAUUCUGUGUAGCUGGCCAGCUAGCUAACUACGUUACUAGAAAAAACAAGGCAUGAAUAAAUACUGGAUACUAUGUACAGAUGUGGCGGCAGGUACAGGGACAGCAUUUUAUUAGAUAAAACAGACAAGGGCAUUUCGUAAUUUAUUGACGAAGACAGCUGAGAAACUUAUUGGGUAACAAUAAGAAGCGGGUGUAAUAUUGAUCACAUCGUUUACUGCGCUUUAUUAUCUGACUGUUUGAAUUUUUUUUAACAUAAAUCUGUAUAGUAGUAAAUUGCCGAUAACGUACUAGUGACUGGAAGCGGAUGAAACGGAAGACGAGGCUUUUAGAUUCGGACGCGUUAGCUAUUUUGAGCACUGGGCUGCUGUGAUACUGAUUAACAUAUUUAUUUAUUGAAUUGACGGGGCCGUUCCAUUGGUUUUACAUGCGAGUGUGUUUUUGUGUAUGCGUAUUUUAUUAAUUAUUAAUCUUCAUAACAGGAACGUCAGCUAGGUUGUUUUAUGUUAUUUAAACUUGGCAAACAGCGGUGACACAUCACCGGGGCGGCAAAGCGACUCUGUUACAGGAGCGUCCGCCGUUAAUGUCGCCGAUCCCCACGGUUUUCCAGGACUAGUUCCCGUCGAGCUGUUUUGCCAGCGUCGUUUUUAAGCUAAGCCUAAUAGCCCGAGUGCAGGCGGGGAAGCGAGCUGAACAUCAGACCACCAAGUCGCCAAUGCUGGAUCUGGAGGUCGUUCCGGAGAGAUCGCUAGGAAAUGAGCAAUGGGAAUUCGCACUAGGGAUGCCAUUGGCCCAGGCCAUCUCCAUUCUGCAGAAACACUGCCGAAUAAUCAAGAAUGUGCAGGUCCUUUACAGUGAGCAGACACCACUCAGUCAUGACCUCAUUCUCAGCCUGACUCAGGAUGGAAUUAAACUACUGUUUGAUGCCUGUAAUCAGAGACUGAAGGUCAUUGAAGUCUAUGACAUGAGUAAAGUGAAGCUGAAAUACUGUGGAGUCCAUUUUAACUCUCAGGCUAUAGCACCCACCAUAGAGCAGAUCGACCAGUCUUUCGGAGCUACACACCCAGGAGUUUACAACGCCGCUGAGCAGCUCUUCCAGCUGAAUUUCCGAGGGCUUUCCUUCUCCUUCCAACUGGAUUCCUGGAGCGAAGCUCCGAAAUAUGAGAUUCCUCAUGGAGCGACAGUGAAGCGCAUGUUUAUUUACACCGGGAACAGCUUGCAGGACACCAAGGCUCCGGGGAUGCCUCUGGCCUGUUUCCUUGGCAACGUGUACGCGGAGAGCGUAGAUGUCUUGCGGGAUGGGGCUGGGCCUCUAGGCCUUAGGCUCCGCCUCCUCACGGCAGGGUGUGGCCUGGGGGUCAUGGCAGAUGCGAAGGUCCGCACCCUUGAGAGCAGCAUCUACUUUGGAGACUCCUGUCAAGAUGUCCUCAGUGCUCUGGGCUCCCCACACAAGGUGUUCUACAAGUCUGAGGAUAAGAUGAAGAUCCAUUCCCCCUCCCCACAUAAGCAAGUUCCCUCCAAAUGCAACGACUACUUCUUCAAUUACUUCACUCUGGGAGUGGAUAUAUUGUUCGAUGCCACUACACACCUAGUGAAGAAGUUUGUGCUCCACACCAAUUUCCCCGGUCAUUACAAUUUCAACAUAUACCACCGCUGUGAUUUCAAGAUCCCGCUUGUGGUGAAGACUGAAGGUGCCGAGGCUCAGCCCGAAGACUGCAUCCUGACCACCUUCAGCAAGUGGGAUCAUAUUCAGCAGCUCUUGGGUCAUCCUAUGGAGAAGCCCGUCGUCCUCCACAGGUCAUCAUCUGCGAACAACACCAACCCUUUUGGUUCAACCUUCUGCUUUGGCCUGCAGAGGAUGAUUUUUGAGGUGAUGCAGAACAAGCACAUCGCGUCAGUCACCCUGUACGGCAGCCCCCGGCCCAGCGCCCAGGCCCGAACUGGGCCCCAUGCACACUGAGCUUCUACUCCCCCCCCCCCCCCCCCCCCCCCCCCCCCACACACAUUUACAUCCAUCCUGCCCCCUCUGAGCUCCGUCCAGAUCUAGAGGAACAUCACAACAGUACAGUGUGCCUUGAUUCCCACCAUCGCGAGAAACUUUCUGCAAGUCGCUCUGGUUUUUCCGUUCUGUGCCCUCCAGGGGGUGCCAAUAAGUCUACAGGCAGCCUUUGACCUUUGGGAACACCCAGAGGUCACCCUCGUCCUCAGCCCACCAAGCCAGGUACACCAGUACUGAGUCUCUGUGACCAGUACGUCUCUCCUGCCCUCCUCGUGUCGUCCGUGCUCCGCCCCUUUCACCCAUUGCAUGACCAGUGUCCGCAGGAAUGGCCAGGCAGAGGCGGAUGUGUGUGAUUUUUAAAGCACGCUUCUGUCUGCCGGAAGUGGCGUUAUUUCAAAUGCAGUGGCACGAGUCUCGCUCCCUUCGGACAGGGAGAGCUUCGGUCACACGUGUGCUUGCCGGCAUGCGGCACGUCGCGUACUGAGUGACUCGCGCUCGCUAACACACAGGGUGAGGAACUACUCAUUUUAAAAGACAUUGUAUAAUGUUUAGUGACUAUAAGCACAAGCCCCCCCCCCCACACACACACACAGUGUCAUCAGAGACAGAAGUCUGUAUCGCUCUGCCCCGAACACAGCGCCGACGCUCCCCAGCACCCUCUUCUCACACCUACUAUCCCGUAGUUAAAUUUUUCCUUCCUUCAGUACAGUAGUUUUAACAUUUGCACUAAAAUGUACACAUUACGUACUUGAGUCUUAUUUCCAAUUAGGAAUUUCUUUAAUUAGGAAUUUCAAUUAGGAAUUAGGAGUUUCCAUGCAAUAGGAAGCAGUUGGUUAUAACUGCCCCCCACCCCCCCCACAUGACCUUCACUUUUCAAAGAUAAAAUUUGAAACAAUGGCAUCAUCAGACUAUUAUUCUAACGUGAAGGUUUUUUUUUUGUUUCGUUUUUAGGCUUUAAAAUAAGUAACAUUCCCAUCGAUUCUUUCCGAAACUGCACAGUGUCCCCCAACCAUAUUUAAUCUUAACUCCUUCAUUUCUACCAAGUACUUUGUACUUCUCAUGAUUAAAAAAUGUCUAAUAAUAAUAAUUAUUAUUAUUAUUAUUAAAAUGUUCUUGUCAUUUAUCGUUUUUUGCAUAAUGCUUUUAAUAGGGUUUUUUAACGGAACGAAAGUCUGGCCUCAUUUCGGUUUUCCUGGUGAAAUGUGCCGUCAGGGAAGCCUGUACAGAUCUGUAAAUAUGACGUCAGCUACCUUUUUCGUCAUUCAAAGAAAAAAAUUUGUAAAGAGGUUUUACGAUGUAACCCUGCGUUGCGCAAAACGCAGAAAAUGGAGAUAUGGAUUCCAGGGUCCAUCUCCAGGGAUGUCUGUUUGGGAUGGGGGGGGGACACCCCCCUAGUGCCAUAAAGCGGUACUCGGCCUGGUCUGUUUGGGGCGGCCUGCUCUAAUCCGAGCCGCGUAGAGGGUUCCCGGUAGCCCUGUGGCCCCCCAGGACCAGCCUUGAGUGCACCUACUCCCCCCCCCAGGGCAGUGUUCCAGCAUCCGUGGCUGCAGUUGCGGUUCCUUUUCACAUGAACCCCCAUCUCUUCGGCAUUUCAGUGUUCACAGAGUUUCCCGAUUCCUCUGCUUGCUGUUACUGUUUUAUUUUUUAAUUAUUAUUAUUUAAUUUGUUUUAAAGAUUGCAAUGGAAGGCUGUACUGGCUGUGCUUACUGCGAAAAAACAAUGGGGUGGGAAUAAAGUAAAUUUGUGCCCGGCCUGUGUUGACAUUUGUAUAACAGAAAUAGUGAAAUGAAUUGCAUAUAAUGAGCAUGAACUGUCAACAUGUGAGAUUGUGAAGUCUGUGUGCUACACAAGACAGACAAAUCUUCCGCAAAAGAGAACAAAAAAAGGGAUGGGGGGUCGUGCCAGGUCAGGAGGGGUAGGGAAGGCUAGUUUCAGCUCCAAACCAGUCACUUUGUGUUCUAGAUUCAGGAAUGAUUCUGGUUUAUAGCGACUUACAUCUGUACACCAAAACGUUAUGCUGUCUGUGUCUGGGGAUCGCUGCUUUUCUAGCGUGUGUAAAUAAUUAAGAGGAUAGUUCUCAUAGGCUGGCCCUGUGUGACCACAGCUUCUGGAAUCUUCCAGCAGCAUCACUGUGGAACUGUCACGUGGUCAUCGCAGUGACAGUCUCUGUGUAGCCAAAUGACGGCGUAGGUUCUCAUCAACAGCCUUCAGGUGAUUGGCUUACAAGACAACUGGGGAGCGAAAUGAAAGCAGGCCUCUCUUCUGUUGGGUAGGUUUCCUGUCCCCUGGAUUUUUGCUCUCUUUUGCUUCAGGAUACAGGUUUGCCCCUAAGAUUGUAACUGGGAGAAGGCAGUGCUGUCUGUCUAACCCAGAGCGAAGUUUAUGUAAACGUAUAUAUUCUCUCUCUAUUGUAUGUACUCGCCCUUGCAAGCAAUUAUUUUGUGGAUUAAGUACAUUUUAACCCAUUUCUGGAAAUGGGGCUAGCCUUGAUUAAAAUGGUGAAUUAAA